AUGGCACAUACACCUAUUUAUUUUUAUGAUCUCGAUGAACCAUAUGGUGAAUUUAGUAACUUUUAUGCUGCUCCAAUCGAAUUAGAUGGAUAUAUUUGGCCAACUAGUGAACAUUAUUUUCAAGCACAAAAAUUUAUUUUUCAUGAAAGACAUUUUAAACAUAUCUUAAAAUUAGCUACUCCUCGAGAAAUAUUUGACUAUGCUCAAGCUCAUAAAUCUUUAGUACGACCUGACUGGCCAGAUAUCAAAGAUGAAGUUAUGUAUAAAGCAUGUAAGGCGAAAUUUACACAACAUUGGAAACUUAAACAAUUAUUAUUAUCAACUGGUCAUCGUACUUUAGUUGAACAUACAAAAAAUGACUCCUAUUGGGGGGAUGGAGGAGAUGGAACUGGAAAAAAUCAAUUAGGAACCACAUUAAUGCACGUUAGACAUAAUAUUAGAGAUCAUUAA